UCGGCUCAUCGACUUCCCAGCCACCGACGCUGACACGCACUCACCGGUCGGCUCGGCUUAUUAUAUUCGUCCCCACCCCGCCGGUUCACGUCUGCGGCCGCCAGUGCUGGUUUAUGAUCGGCCGUUUGUUCAGUAACGUUUCUCAGUGGGUGCCGAGCUUGUUGGACCGGGUGUCGCUGAUGAUGAAGCCGCAGGUUGUGUUCGUGCUGGGCGGGCCUGGCGCCGGCAAAGGGACCCAGUGCUCCAAAAUCGCAGAGGGCUACAACUACACCCAUCUGUCAGCGGGGGACUUGCUGAGGGACGAGCGAGCUAGAGAGGGCUCAGAGUUCGGGCAGCUCAUUGACAACUACAUCAAGGAGGGCAAAAUUGUCCCCGUGCAGAUCACCAUCAACUUACUCAGAAAGGCAAUGGAAGAGACCAUGCAGAAAGACGAGAAAAAGUUCCGUUUCCUCAUAGACGGUUUCCCUCGCAAUGAGGACAACCUUCAGGGGUGGAACACCGACAUGGAUGGCAAGGCAGAUGUCAAAUUUGUGCUUUUCUUUGACUGCAGCAAUGAGGUUUGCAUCAAAAGAUGUCUAGAAAGAGGGAAGAGCAGUGGUCGCACAGACGACAACAGAGAAAGCUUGGAGAAAAGAAUCCAAACCUACUUGCAGUCUACACGACCAGUUGUUGAACAGUAUGAGAAACAUGGCAAGGUGCGCACUGUAGACGCCUCUCGUUCUGUGGAUGAGGUGUUCGCUGAUGUGAAAGCCAUCCUAGACAAAGAGGGUUGAGUUUCCCCAGCUGCCAACAACAUUCAUUUACUUUUAUAGUAGUUUUCUUUUUAUCAACUGCAAGAACACUUAUCACACGUUCAUGUCCAUCCAUAUGACUUUUUAAGUUUGUUUUUGUUGUUGUUGUUGUUGUUUUCCAUCUCUUUUGUAAAGCUGCAUCGUUUGUGAGUGUGUGUGUACAAUAUGUAUUGGUAUGAAUGAGAAGUAGAGGUGCCCAGUUCACGUUCUGGAGAACUCACCGCUGCACUGUCUUUCAUCAUAGUUUGAGGCCUUUGCAUAGGAACAAAAUGGAUCAUUAGCUUAGAUGGGGGACACUUUCUUGACACUUCUAGUAUCGGAGGUCUCUAUAAAAAUGGUAUAUAUCACUAACGUCUUCAGAGUAUCCUGUCAUUGGAAGCAGCCAUAAUGCUUCAGACCAAAUAGUUGUUUGUCUUGAUGAUGACGAACUUGACAAAACAGCCAAUAGCCUCCAAAUAAACUGCAUAAAACCUUUGUCUCAUGUUUAAUGGACAUCACUACAUGGGCAUGACCAGUCGCUUUUGUGCCACAUAGAGUUAUCAGCUAUGUUUCUGUGGUAGACGGCCCAGUCUUUGAUGAAUAUUUAAUUCUGUGCCAGAACACCUCGGUGUACUUCAUCGCAGCUGUAAGAUUGGGGAGUAGUCAACACGAAUACGCAGUAAAAAGGAACAUUUUGUUAAAGUUGUAGUGGA